AUGGACUCGGGCAGUCGCGACCCUCGGUGCCGCGGGCGCGAAGGGCAGCGGGGCGAUCCCGGUGGGAAGGUGCCGGCGAUGGCCGCGCGUCCCGGGACCGGCCCCGCUGCCAGCACGGUAACAAAAUGGCGGGGAAAGGGUGGGAUUGUCACGGCGAGCCCUGCGGCGGAGCCCGGCCACCCCCGGCCCCGCCCGCCCGGCCUCGGGGCGCCCGUCCCGGCGGAGGGCAGCGGGGCGGGGGUCCCCGGGGCUGCGUCGCCGCCCGGUGCCGCCGCCCGGCUGAGCUCUGCUGGAGAAGCAGCUGCAGAAAAUGGCUGCUCGGCGGAGCCCGCUGAAUCCUACCAUGGUGGGGGGGACGGCGAGGAAGCGGCGCAGCCGUCGCCCCCCCCCGGGGAGCCCCGGGCAGGCGGCGCGGGGCACGGGCGGGGGUUCCGCAGGGCGGCGGGAGCGGAGCAGAGCCCGCGGUGCCCGGUGCGCGGCCUCACCUGCGGCGCGCUGGGGCACCGGGGCAACGCGCCCGAGCGCGCCCGGCCCGCACCGCCGUGCACGUGCCCGCAGCCCCCGCCCGGUGCCCGCCGAAGCGGCGGCGACUCCGAGCCCCGGGGGGCGCGGCGGAAGGGCGGCCGGGCAUCGCCCGCAGCCCGACACGCCGGAGCGGCACCAGCCCCGGAGCCGCUCUCGCAGCGCCCGGCGGAGAAGCUUCCCCCGCGGCCGGUCCGCACCGUGGCGGGGGAACACCGAGGGCGCUUUGCCGCCGUGGGGGCGCAUCACGGGUGGCGCCCGCGAGCGCGGAACCGCGUCCGCGCCGCUGCCUUCAGUGAAUGCUUCGCCCAGCGUUGUCCCCCGGCCGCCCUCGUCCGCAAAGACCCCGAUUUCUGUGCCUCAGAUCGGGGUCACCACAGCCCGUGCAGCGCCGGGGCUCGUUCCCCCCUUCCCACGCACGGUCCCGCUCCGCGGAGCAACGGGACCGCCCCGUCCCGCCGGCUGUCUUUGCCCGCGGUCCCUCCGGGUGCUCUGCCGCCAGUGGGGCAGUCACGGACGGCUUCCUCCGUGCCCCGCGUUGCGGAGACAGAGGAGCCGUGGUCCCGCCGCACUUCGGGAGCGCCGUGGGCUCCCAAGAGCCGUCGGUGUCCACGGGAGAGCCGUGGCGAGAUGGCGGGUGGGGAGUCCCGGCUCGGGAAGGGGCGGCGAGGCGGCAGCGGCACCGGGCGGGUGGGGGUCUCACGGUCGGGGGGUCCCGCCGGGAGUGUCCCGUGGGACCGGGGUGUUCCCGUGGGUUCGGUGUGUUCCCUUGGGGUCGGGGCGUUCCCCUGGAACCGGGAUGUUCCCGUGGGACCGGGGUGUUCCCGUGGGUUCGGGGUGUUCCCGUGGGACCGGGGUGUUCCCGUGGGACCGGGGCAUUCCCGUGGGUUCGGGGUGUUCCCGUGGAACCGGGGUGCUCCCGUGGGACCGGGGUGUUCCCGUGGGACCGGGGCGUUCCCGUGGGUUCGGGGUGUUCCCGUGGAACCGGCGUGUUCCCGUGGGUUCGGGGCGUUCCCCUGGAACCGGGAUGUUCCCGUGGGACCGGGGUGUUCCCGUGGGUUCGAGGUGUUCCCGUGGGACCGGGGUGUUCCCGCUCGGUGCCCGCGGGGGUCCCGGCCGGGGCGGGGGGGGCGCGGGGCCGCUGCCCCCCCCGAGCCGUUGCUGCGAUACGGGCGGGCCAAUCAGCGCUCACCAGCUCACCCGGGCCCCGGCACCGCUUCCUUAUAUGGUGCGCGCUGUCCGCGGGGCGCCGCGCGCAUCACCAUAUAA